UCCAAAUAUGGCAAACUCGUCUGUGUCUUGUUUCCUACUUUAGUGGCGUUCUGACCAAAUCGCUGCAAGAGCGACAUUUGUUGAUGCUUUAUUUUUUUUUAAUUACGUUUGAGGGACAUUGAUAGUUUACGGCGUCCGUCGGCGAUUGGUGCCGCCGUGCUUCACAUGUGAGUGACGGGCGGGAGGAGGGGCCUACGUGUCUCGUGUACUGUACCGUGGAAAGGCGAGUUCUGGCCGCCAGCCACACACGGGAAAGCAUCCGCCCGACGACCGACGCUGCCUCACCGGAACCCUCUGCCGUAGUCCUCCUUCUCUCUCUCACUUCCGUCAUAACGGACCCAGAAAAUUUAUCCUCUGAUCAGCUGAUGUAGUUGCCGGUAGGCCAUCUCGUCGGCAGCAACCGGAAAGCGAGGAGAUGAGCUCCAAACGGAAGGCGGAAAGCGAAUUGCGCGCCGCCAACAGGCCGCGCGUCAUGAAGGCUCACGGCGAGUCCCGAGCCGACUCAGAAAGGGACUCCGGAUUCUCAGAUGCGAGCUCGGAGCACACCGGCACCAUGGACAACACCGACUCUGAGGACUCGCCGCGGCCUUUCUUGCGGCCGGACGCCCGAAGGUCUGCUUCCGGGCAGCUGGCUGUGGUCGGGGGCUCCUACUCCAGCAUGUCCCCAAUGAUCAUCAUGAACAACAUGCUUCUAAAACAGCAGCCUGGAGAAACCCCCCCGGCCAUGAAGCCCUGGAGCUUCAGUCCCGCCGUGGAAGUGGUUCAGCCGGUGGUCCGGCAGCCUCAGGUGGUCUUCCUGCAGCCCGUCGUCUCCCGUCAAGCUUCCAAGGGGGCCUCUCGACACAGGCGCCCCAGGAAGUAUCUUCCCAUCCUCAAGUCCUACCCCAAGAUAGCGCCGCAUCCCGGCGACACUUCUUCCUCGGGGAGGGGAACCGCCUCCUCCUCCUCCUCUUCUUCUUCUUCCUCCUUCUCUUCUUCCUCGGCGUCAGGCUCUCAGAGGGAGCACGGUCCAAGAGAGAAGCGGCAGAAGAGCCAGAGCCAUACCCCCGUUCUCUCCGCAACCCCCGACAACACGCGCCAGCCGCAGACCCGACUCCCUCAAAUCGCCAGCGAGGCGCCUUCGCCGGCCGGCGGCCAAUCAGAAGUCUCCCGGUCUUUCUCCUCCCGCCCUCCCAGCCGCGCUAGCAGCCCGACGCUCCCGGACGACGCCUCGCCGGGCGAACACAAGGGCGACGACGACGGUAGCGCCGACAUGAGGCGCAAGCGCUUCUGCAACACGUACAACAUCCUGAGCAAAUCGGGCCUCCUGGACAUCACGCUACGCACCAAGGAGCUCCUGCGCCAGAACCGCCGCACGCAGAUGGACCUGGACCGCCUCAGGGAGCACACCGAUCUCUUCCUGCAGGCGCUGCGCAGCGGCGACGACGGCACCUGCGUCAAGCUGCACGCCAGCCUUCAGGAGGAAGACGGGAAGCCGCCGGCGCUCACCGACUUGAAGGACAAUUAGCCCCCGACUGAGAGCAUUUAGAACGGGAAGGCCGUAGCCGGGACUUGUUGAGGAGGGCGGCGAGGGCUUGGGAGACAGAUGGAGCGAGAGUAACGUGGCCCACAUGAGACUCCCGCUCAAAGCCUGGCUUGGACCAUUUGACCUACAUUUUUAGCCGCCACCUGCCGCCCCCACCUCACUGGAGGCGUUUUGGUUGGCCCAACGCUCACAGCGCUCUUUUUACUCCUGCACAAAUACCACGUUGUCAUUUACUGUCAGAUUUGGAAUGGAAAGAUUUUACACAACGAUUUCUAAUAGAAAUUUUCUCGUAGAGAUUGAAAAUCCAGCCAUUAUUUUCUAUUCUCGCCUGUCAAUCACAAGACUGACACAUAGAGACCCGUCACUAUUCACGUUAUGUCAAGGCACUCGUACUUACAUCAAACUAACAAUUAAAUAAGUAAUAAUUCAUAAUUAAAACAUCAUUAUAUUACACUUCAUCAUAGCACACGGCAUGUUCACUUAACAGGCGCAGUUUGUUGCGGUUAUGAUGUCCGCCAUGACGCACAUUGGUAUCGAAUCGUAGAGCGGCGUAGAGGCCGCUAUUAUUUGGGGAAAAACAGUCAACGGGAGUUCGGUGAAUCGCCCCCCGGGCAAAGAGACCGAGCUCAGCCAGGAAUAACGAAAAUUGUCGCGCCCCCCCCCCCCCCCACACAAGAGGUUUAUACUGAACUGUAAUAGGCUGUCAGUUGGCACCAAAUCGAUACUGUUAAAUGGCCUGAGCACAAUAGUAGUGGAUAUGUUUUCAGCGGGGAAAGGGGGAUAGGUUCCCUCCCAAAAAUCAGCAGAUGUUGAACCGUGUUGGGGGUUCACAUUUCCUUGACAGAACCAACACAAACUCGGCAUAAAAAAAAGGCCCCGGUUGCAAUGAUAUCGAACCCUGGACCUCCUCGCUGUGAGGCACCAUUGCUCACCGCUAAACCACUUUGACAGGGCUGGCUGGAUGUGUGAUGGGCCCCACUUUGCUUCGUCUCCAAAUUCAAAGGAGAUUAUUAUUAGAUUAUCCCACUUGUGGCCGAUGCUGACUUUUGAUUGGCCGGGCAGACUUCGGUUACGGAUCACGUGACCGUCGAGCUUUCGGCCAACGUACCGCAAGUGUCUUCUUUUUGUUUCACGCUGCACGCGAGGGACGUUGGCAACGGCCGCCCGUCGAUUCCGGCUUCCUGUUAGCGUAGCGGUUUCUCGCUGUCUUUUCUGUCUUUCAUGUCGACCUUUUUUGUGUACUUUUUUUUGUACAAUUGUGGUGCAUUUAAGCACUUUGCACCAUCCCGAGCAGACUAAAACAAGGUAGCUAAUGCUAAUCAACACACACCCUGAACCACUAUGCUUUUAAUUAUCUUGAUUCUUCUGUAUCAAGUACCCCAAAAAUACUUGAAAUGGCUCACUAAAAUGAGGGAUUGUGUACUUUAUAUUUUCAGUUGUGACUUCAGGAUGUCGAAUGUGAGACGUUUGGGUUCCGCCAAUGUGAAUUUGCUCUUAAAACACAUUCACUGCCAUUGACGGCUUUUGUAGUCAAAUAUCCAUGUUAACUGGUCUUCAACUGUUGCACUUGAGUCUUCACAAUGGGUCUUAAGACCGCAUUAAGCCGCUUUUGAUUGUGCUUUGUCGGCCUGUCUGUUUUUUUAGUUUGUUCUUCUUUAAUUGUCUCUGCGUUCUUUCGGCCAUCUGUCGCUUCUUCUUCUUUAAUUGUGUCUGCGUUCUGUCGGCCACUGUCGCCAGUGUUUGUGUCAAAAAAAGUACCCUUCUAAUGUUACUCUUUGCUUUGUGAUCCUUUUGGUGGGCAGUUUAAGCGUCUGUUUGACAAAAAAAAAAACUAUAAACAAUGGGGUUGUGCACACGAUCGAAUAUGUUUGAGCAAGUCCACGGCUCUUUUGUGUGAGACAGAGCAUGAGAGCGUGAGUGUAUGUGAGUGAGUGAAUGUGUGGUUAAGUGUGUGUGUAGUGUUAGAGCGCAUGGGAGUAAGAAGGUAUUCAUGCAAGAGUACAUGAGAGCGUGUGAUAGCAUGCGAGUGAACGUGUGUUUUAGUGCAAGAAUGAGUGUUUGUUAGUGUGUGUGUGACAGUGAUUGCAAAUGUGAGAAAGUGUGUGUCAACGAUGUUCAACCCUGCAGCUGAUUAGGCCAAUCUGAACUUGACACCCGCUGUAUUUGUGAAAGACUUUUUGUGUGAGACCAAAACAAGUGUCCCCUGCCGCUCCCCCUUAAGUAUGUAUUUUAUUUUAUUUCGUUUUUUUUGUUUUAAUAAACAAGCAGCCUUAUCGUUA